UUGUACAUUAAAAUCUGAUCUGAGGAGCGUGUGCUCAUUGUGCAACAAAUAUUUUUCGGUAAAUUUUUGUCAGAGCUGUCAAGUCACAUCUGUUGGGAAAAUAAAAAGAAUUUUGGCUAUUAAUUUUUAUCAUCCUAUUCAAGUUUUCAUUAUUGUUCUUUCUCUUUCACUUCUUCUCUCCAUUAGAUGACUCGAUGUCAAACUGGAUGUAAAAAAACCCUGCCCGGUGACAAAAAGGCUCCAUUAUCCUUCUCACCUGAACAGACAACUGGAUCUUCAUACAGGUUCAGGUGUCCUGGUCCAGGUGUGUUCCAGUGUACUUUGACUGGACUGGUGUUUGUUAUGGCUCAGGAGGCGGAGCUGCUGUACAGGACUGUCCAAUGGGAUGAGAGCCUCCUCCAAUCAGCUGGCAAGAUGGCUGCAGGGAUGCUGUUCGAUAUCAAGUGUUCGGAGGAUGAUGCUGUCUGUCAGCUCCACCUGCCACACUGCGAAACAAAGGAUGCGUUGCUUGUUGAUGGUCUGCUGUCUGUCGUCCACAUCACUGAUGAUGGGAUGAGCAUUUUGGAGCCGCUGGAGAUUACAGACACUCAUGUGGUUGUGAAGGUCCCUCACCUCUCUGCCUUUGGCCUCGUCUGGGACUUGGUUCAAAGGUUUCUGAACAUCUCACUGCCAAUAAAUGGCCAAGUUCUGCUGUUCCUCCGACCUCCAAACAUUAGGCAUCAAAUCCUCGAUGUAUUUCUGCUUCAGGACAACAUCCAUCUGCAUGAGGUUGCUGCCCAACAAGGAGCUGCUGAGAACAUCAGGAUGUCUUCCGACUGUCAUCUCGAAAUUGGUCAAAGUUACAGUGUCCACUGUGAACCCGAGGGCUUCAUAAUACAGCCUGAGAGCGCACCGUUUCGCUCAAAGUACGGACCAAAUUUCUAUCCGACAUUUGAAGUUUUCCUGACUACGAACCCAGAGGAGGUGACUUUGACGGUUCAGGACCGAGAGAGGAAAGAAGUGUGGAGACGUGUUGUGCCUCUGACAGGUUCAAGAAGGGAAAGUCUACAGAGGAAUGUCCCGGCAGAGGACAGCGUCCUGGCAGAGGACAGGGUCCCGGCAGAGGACAGGGUCCCGGCAGAAGAGAGGCUGCGCUCAGUUCGGACAGAGUUUGUAAAGAGAGUGACUGAACCGGUUCUGAACCAGCUUCUGGAUAGACUCCUUGAGCGUGGCGUUAUAAAUGAUGGGGAAAUGCAGUCUGUCAGAAUGAAAGCAACAGCAGAAAAAGCACGAGACGUGAUCGACACGGCGCGAAGAAAGGGACCUGAAGCCAGCACAGUCCUGAUCACUGCUCUCUGUAAGGCGGAUCAACACCUUUCCAGAGUGCUGAACUUAAACUGAAGCAAAAGCAAGAAACGGCGGGAUGAUGAAUCUCUGUGACAGCAGGCUGUUUUACAGUCUCACAUUACUUACUGUAAUCUUUAAAUGAGAAGUUUUGCCGUUAAAGCAGUGUGUUUUUAAUAAGUGGACUUUCACUCUGAAAGUGAUUCACUCAAGUUUCGGGGGAAGGCCUCACACUGUGAACCAGCUAAACGUGGACUACGCUGGAUGGAUGUUGAGAAGGAAAACAAUUUCAUUAAGAGGUUGCGUCUGCAAACAAACUCCAACAGACAGAUGCUGAAGCUGUUAUUAAGUGAGACCUUAAAUAAAACGCAGACAGAUGCUUUUUGUGACAAAUGGUCUAAUGCAAAAAUUGUAAUUAAAAGUGUGGUCAAAGACCUUUUAAAGCCGCUGAAAAGAAAGACCACAAAGAGAAUGAUCACCUUUUGAGAUAGACACUUUUUGUUUUGCUUUGAGAAGAUGCAUUCUUUAGUACAUAGCUGUCCAAAGUCAGAAAAAGGCCAAUGCACUCAGAAGAAGAUGAAGACUCGAAAGACGAAAGGGGUAAACUAGCCCUAGUUUUGAAUUAUCCAUCAUUGCUCAGAGCCCCCCCUUCCCAGACUUCUCCAAUGUUGGAACUGGAACGGCUGCGUCCAACACUUUUUGUAACUUACAGACAAUCUGACAACCAUGGUCACUGUUUCAUGUUCCAUGGUCUUCAGACAGAAAAAUGACUUUUCAUGUGAACAACUGAGUGUAACACUGUUCCUGUCUCCCAGGAAGUGUACCUUGUUGAGACUACAGAGACGAUCAGGGAGCCAGCGGGAGGCUUUUCACUCCGCCUUCCAGUGUGGACAGUCAGAACAGAUAGAAGCACUUUUUCCUUUAGACGUGGUCGGACAACACAUCGUACCACCGAUUGGCUUCCAGCGGACCGAACCCCUUAAGGCCCGUUCAGACAGCCACUGUACCAAUUAUACAGCCGUUAGCUGUAAGCACCAAGUGUUUCUGUGUGUUUGUGUUGAGCUCAGCCUCUGACUGAUCUCUGAACUCCAGUUCUUUCUGUUAUUUCCCUCCAGUCUCUCCUUUUUCCUCUUGUCUCUGUACGACUGAAGCAGAUUCAUAAAGCUCUGGGAUACACACAGGGAUUUUUACUCAAGUUGAAACCUUUUCAACUCGUGCACAUUACGUUUGUGUCAAUUCCAAUGACUUUGUUUGCAAUUGUGCAGCCUUUAAAAUCCGCUUUGUUAAAGUUCCCACUCAGUCCCCACUCACUACUAAUUCUCAAUAAAUGUUGACUGUUCAGUGCUGGCUUUAAUAAAAGUGAUGAUUCUGACUGAUUCUGUCAGACGUCUCCACUCGUACUGUGACGUCAGCCACUUUCUGCCAUCCGCUGCGCGUUAGUCAACCAGCACGGCAGCUUUCCCAUUAAACCCACUUUUCCCUGUUCGUGUGCGACUCCGUGCAGCCGUUCCAGAUUAUCCAGACACCACAACAGUUGUGCCGGCAGAGGAGAAGGAAACGCCGCCUGUUAACUGUAACGGGCCUUUAAACGAGCCUCAGACACAAGUGAAAACAGGAAUCGGUGAAGUGAGAUGAGACGAAGGACAGCUGGGAGCGUGGACACUCGAGCUGCGUGUCUUUACUCGUUAAACCGCGCGGUGAUUCAGCUCGUGUCAGCUUCAUGAAUGCGUUUCCAUUCGCUGUUUCUGUCUGGAGACUCCGGGCUGCAGAUGGCGUGAGGCAUCAUCGCUGGCUUCUACUACCAGACACAUUUCCAGACGAUGAACCUUUUACAUUUGAAUGACCCUGUGACCUUUCCUCUCGCCCGGAAUCAUCCUCUGGGGAGCAUGAAUGUGCUCAGUGCAUCUUCUGAUAAUCUGCUCAUUAACUGUUCAUGUUUCUUACUACUGUUAACUUAUAAGUCAGUGAUGUGCAUUGUUUCCAACAUUGCUGGACGUAUUUCAGGUCCUAAAUAAACCCCUUCGUAUAUAACAAAAGCCUCUUUACGUUAAUCUAAAGGCAGUUUAACAUGUCGCUCUCACGUCUGAAUAAACACAGGCACUUUGAUGUAAACGCACAACAACAAUGUUGCUGCGUUGAACCUGAAAAGUUUCUGUAUCACUUUCAACACGACAGUCUGAACUGACUGGUGUCAGAUUAACAGAUUCACGUUAAGCAGCACGAGAGAGAUUAAAUACACGUCAGGCUCCGCCUUCGCUGUAUCAAAUCAGUGAAAGUUGAAGUUGUUGAGGAGAUUCUUCUCAGAUCAGAAGCAGAAGAGGUUAAAAAACUUAAUAUCCAGCAAAACUCUUUAUAUACAGCAUGUGAGCUAAGAGGAACAAAACAAGAGUUGUGUCAUUCAGUGUUUGUGCACUGACAGGCAGCAGGAUUCACUCUGUAAUAACGUUAAAUGCUUAUAUUGAUGCAGAGGUAUCGGGGGAUUCACUGAUGGUCAUUAAUUAAAGCUUCGACAGCACAAUAAGUUUGAAAAUCGAUCAGCGACGCCGCCUGAGAGAGAGCAGGAAACUGUCCUCUUCCUUCAUAACGAAACAUGUUUAACUCAGCGCUCUCUCAUCACAGAGCAGAGAGUUGUCAUGUGUGACUGCAGAACAGU